UAGAUCUGUGGUCAGAUUGUUCAAAAUAGCGUCGGAGAUUUUUUUUAGUUUCUCGAAUAAUUUUAAGGACGUGAUUAAAGGAUAUGUAAAAAAAUAGUUUUAACUAUUGCAUUGCAAUGUAGUCGAGUGUUUUCGAUAUUUUAAUAAUAGACAAGGAUAAGUGGCAAUUUUGUAGGUCGGCUAAACGAUUGUAGGUCGUGUAGGUGUUCGAUCGGUAUGUGGCAUAAGCAGGCAGUGUUAUGAAUGAGGAGGCUCUGUUGGCACGGGCUUCCGAAGAGCGGGAGCGUAUCUUCCAAAGAUACGAGAGAGGACGAGACAACCUUGCUGGUCAAAUAGAUCCCUGGGAAGACCCCGAAUUUGAAGAUUACCAUAAAACGGAUAGAUAUGGCUUCAUUCAUGAUGAGCGACUCACACAAAAAACAGCACCACAAAAAGUUAACGUGGAAGUUGAAAGGGAGAAGAAAUGGGUCAAGAUGCUGGGAUCUUGGGAAUCGACUGCUACUAAGGAAAAGUUGCAUAGGAGAAUAUACAAAGGCAUUCCAAACUCUUUAAGAAUAAAAAUAUGGUGCAAGCUUUUAAAUGUAAAUACCAUAAAGUCAGAAAAUCCUGGAAAAUACCAGGAAAUGCUAAAACUUGCAAAGCAGUGGUCGACUGAUGUGAGACAGAUAGAUUCAGAUGUAAACAGACAAUUCAGGGAACACCAGUUCUACAGAGAACGAUAUUCAGAGAAGCAGUGCUCAUUGUUCAAUGUUUUGUGUGCUUAUAGUAUGUAUAACUCUGAAGUGGGUUACUGUCAGGGUAUGUCAGGUUUAGCUGGAGUAUUGCUCAUGUAUAUGGAUGAGGAAGAUGCAUUUUGGGCCCUUGCCAUACUUUUGUCUGAUAAGAAAUAUGCCAUGCAUGGAUUAUAUGUCGAGGGAUUUCCAAAGUUAACAAGAUUUUUAGAACAUCAUGAUAAAAUUCUGACUAAGUUUAUGCCAAAGUUGAAGCAACACUUCGAUAAGUUUGGCCUUGAUGCUAUACUUUACUCUCUGAAAUGGUUCUUUGUUUGCUUUGUGGAACGAGUACCCUUCAGUCUAUGUUUAAGAGUGUGGGAUAUAUAUCUUCUCGAUGGAGAACGAGUGAUUACUGCCAUGGCCUAUACUAUUCUUAAACUUCAUAAAAAAGCUAUUAUGAAGUUAAAUGAUAUGGAUCUUAUUGUUAAUUUUAUCCAGGUAAAAUUGCAUAAAGAUUUUGGUUUUGAAGACGAUGUUGUUAUUUAUCAUUUGGAGCGGUCAAUGGAAGAAUUAAAACGAGCUAAGCUUGAUUAUCCGGGUCCGCCUCCGUCCUCUGAACUGCCUCAGCGCCAACUCGGCACGUUCAUAGAGCCAGAUAAAAAGUCGAAAAUCGGUCAAAGAGCUGAAAAUUUUUCUGAAACUGAAAAACAAGCCAGAGCUACAGUAAUUUUAAGGCGUGAAAAAGCGGCCCUAGAUUUGCAGGAACUGCGAGUGUCACAAAGCGACACAGUUUCAGAUCACAGUGGGGUCGCGAGCGGUGUUCGCUGCGAGGACUCGACGUCCGCGCUCGGGUCUCGUCGUUCGCUAGCGGACACCAGUGUCACGAGCACGGCCGACCUGAGCGUGUUCUCGAGCGGACGCUCCCACGCGCCCGACAACUCGCUCGACACUCACAGCAACAUCAGCGACGACGGCACUGGGUCAGAUGGAUCUGGCAUAUGCGGCAUGAGUAUACAGAGGGCGCCAUCGACGGCCCAUUCGACCCCUCGGGCGACGCCUUACCCCCCGUCCGUGUCUCCUCAGUCCGAAGACGUAGUUCGAAUACACGUGACGUACAACCCCCUGGCCGCCAGUCCCUCACACUUACAACCAGUCAGCCCCAAGUACAAGCCCUACGACGAGCACAAGCCGAUGACUCUCGGUUUCUAUACUAACGGGGCAGCGAACCUACCGUCCGAUAACCGAAUCAGGAUACAGGUGUCGUCCGAUGAGCUGUUGACGCCCGUCGUCGACUCCGGCCGCAUCAUAACGCAACGUUACAUUGAAUCUCAGGGGAUCUACGAUAUUAAUUGAAAUGUCAACCGAUACUCUAUUGUUUAUGGUCUUUGUUUACCUCGUUCAGCUGUCAAAGUGAUACGUUUCUCGAAUUUACGUAGCGAUAGUUCAGUGUAAAAGAUUUAAAUUAUU